AUGCUGUCAACACCUCAUAGCACGGCGCUGAACCUAUUACUCUUUUUGGUCUUCGCUGCGCCAGCUUGCGCGCUGUUUGGCAGAAAUGGCACAAACUCCUACUCUGCUGCUCGCUGGCUGCAGGAUGCGAGAAGCCGUCACAUAGACCAGGAUGCUGCGGAUGCCUUUUUGAGGAAUCCCCUCAAUGGAAUGGAUCCAGGUCUUAGGCGUCGGCUUCUCGCCCAGCAGAGACAUCGCGCUCAGAAUUACAUGAAGUGGAACGGUGAAGAAUGGAAUGCAUUCCAUUAUCGGCCCGACACUCCCGCGGAGAUUGCAGAGAAGCAGCGAAGGGUCCAUCUGCUGCUGGACAGCGCGCCCAUCAAUGUGCCUGAAGCCGCCAGAGCGCAUUUGACAGCGGAAAGGCGACUAAACGACAUUGACGCAAUGCAUCUCCAGUAUGGCGGCGAGCUGCAAAAUCACAUGAGUCGUGGUGACCGGGAGUCUCUCGCAGAUCACUACAACCGCCUCAAUCAAAUUCAUAGCGUCUACCCGUUUGCGCGGGAUCUUGUUAGGCUGCCGCGUGAAGAGCAGCAACGCCUGGAAGAUCUUGGUCACGCAGAGCAUAGAGCGGCUCAAGCCCGACGCCAACGCGACCGAAGCAGAUCACGAAGUCCACCUCGUUUCUCGCGUAGCAAUCGCGCUGAUCAUGCAUCAGAAGAAGAAUCUGCAUUGCCGUCAAGCUCAGCACGCUCACGCUCUCGUUCAAGCUCUCCUCCCGACACUGCGUGGCUGCCCCACCCGCGCACUGGAUAA